AUGUUUUCCAAAUCAAUGUUGAGUGUUGCAUUUCUCGUGUUGGCGUUGGCCUGUCUUGCGCAAGCUCGCCAUGCGCCACGUAGCCGCAAUCACAAUGUCCAAGUUGACGAUGAGGAGAACGUUUUGCCCGUUUACGCCAGUGUAGCCGGUCGCCGACCACACCCCAAUACCGAGCAGGCACUUUCACCUAAACAGGCGCGUGUCUUCCCUGGCGCCACUUUGGCUCUUAAGAAAUUGGUUUUAUUGAAGUUCAAAACGAUUGUGCCUAUUUCCUUGAUUUUACUGAGAUCAAGUGAUGAAAACGAAGCCGAAUUAGUGCCUGUCUACCCAGCAUCCGAAAUACCCGCCGAUGUACAAUUUAUUCCAACACCAAAUGGCAUCUCCGGACAUCGCGACGUACAAGCCAUUGCCAUACCUAGCGCAUUGCAUCAACAACUCGAUUUGAGCGGUCUGGCCAAUUUGGAGAGCAUAGAAUCCCUGCUAAAUCAAGCUGAAGAGGGUGCAGCUGAAACCGAUGUGGAAGAUAAACCACUUGCAGUGGUCAAUGAACAGCCUAACACAGAAGAUGAGCCAUUGAAUGUAAAAGAGGAUGAUGUAGAUCAAUUAUUGGACAAUGCGUCCGUCGAUAGGACUAAGAUUGCGACAGCGGACGUACAGUCGGUGCGUCGUUUGGCAGCCGAUGAGUUGAUACGACCAAGCGUUGUGCGUACAUCUCAAAUACAAACCGGAGUUGAGGAGAUUCCUUUGUUCCUCUAUGCGGCCAAGGAUGCGCCGCAAGUAGUGCGUGGUGUGCGCAAAGGUGGACUACAACGUGUGAGGCACAUCGAACGUCGCUACCAUGCCUAA